AUGAACCUCAGUCACGCUUUGAAGUGCCUGGGAAAUCUCGGGCUGCUGAGAGCCUGGGUGAGCCCCUGCACUGCGCAGCCCCCCAAGGUGGUCAUGCCCUGCAUGGCCACCUGUCCUACCGGCGUGGGGAAACGAUCCCUGCCACCUGUAGUCUCCAGAACCCUGGAACUCAGGUUGGAGCCAGGAAGUGCUCUCUGCAGAAAAGGAAAGCCAGUCCUAAAACUUCCCCAGGCUUUUGAGGUCUGUCUCCUUCAGAAGACUAAGGGUGAAGUGAAACAAAUUAGGAAAAUACAAGGUGAGAGUAGGCAAAGGUACAGCUCAAGAGAGGUCACAGGCUUCUCUUGGCAUGGAGACAUGUGCAAAACCUGUCUCCUGGGAGUUCGAGAGCCUGUACCGAGCAGACCUGCUUCUAUGUCUCCACUUCAGCUUCCUGCCUCGUUUAUCCAUAGGAACCUGUGUGAGAGGCAAAUGGUGAUGUCUGUGGGCCCCGCGGGUGACUUACAACAGGCAAUUCUCGGAGAGCAGAGUCGAGAGCUGGUUGUUCCUAAAAGGCUUCCUCUGAUACAUAAACGAGAUGUUGGGUACAUCCAGGACAAUGACAUUCAGGAAAUUUAUGAAGAUGAAUUGCUGUAUGAAUUAAGAAUAAAUAAAAAAAUCUUAAUACUUCAUCUUAUAAGAUCAAGGGAGUUCCUAUCCUCAAAUUAUAGUGAAACAUUAUACUCCCCAAAUGGAGAGAUGAUCACCAGGCAUCCUGAGAUUAUGGAUCAUUGUUUUUACCAAGGGACAAUUGUACAUGAACAUGAUUCUUCUGCCAGCAUCAGCACAUGUGAUGGUCUGAGGGGUUUCUUCAGGAUUUAUGAUCACAGGUACCUCAUUAAACCAGUGAAAUAUUCAGAGGAGGGAGAACAUUUGGUAUUAAGAUAUAACCCAAGGGUGAAGUUUUCUGCCAAUUAUUCUUGUACAGAGGCAAAUUUUACUACAACAUCUGUUCUAAAGAAUAAUACUAAAUCCAGUGAAGAUUCCAAAAUGACUAAUAUAAAUAAAGAAAAGUUUGUUGAACUAUUCAUUGUUGCUGAUAUGAAUUUGUAUCACAGGAAUAAUUAUCCUCACAGUAAAUUAAGGAAUCGAGUAUGGGGAAUGGUCAAUUUUGUCAAUAUGAUUUAUAAAACCUUGGACAUCCAUGUGACAUUAGUUGGCCUUGAAAUAUGGACAAAUGAAGAUAAAAUAGAGAUAAACCAAAAUAUAGAAAAGACCUUAUUACAGUUUUCAACUUGGCAAGAAAUAUUCCUUAAAAAAAGGAAGAAUUUUGACCAUGUUUUGUUACUCAGUGGCAAGUGGAUCAACACUCACACACAAGGAACUUCUUUUCCAGGGGGUAUGUGCCUACCCUAUUAUUCCUCCAGUAUUGUUAAGGAUUUUUUACCUGACCUAAUUAUAGUUGCAAGCAAAAUAGCACAUCAGCUGGGGCAUAAUCUUGGGAUGCUCCACGAUGAAUACCCUUGUACCUGUACUUUGGGAAGAUGUGUGAUGGAUCCUGAAGGAAGUGUUCCUGCACUCAAAUUUAGUAAAUGCAACAGAAUUCAGUUUAUGGAAUACUUAAAGGAUUAUAAGCCAGCGUGCAUGUUCAACAUUCCAUUUUCUUCUCAAUUAACUAAUUCUCCAUAUUGUGGAAACAAUCAAUUGGAUGAUGGGGAAGAAUGUGACUGUGGAUCUCUCGAGGAAUGCACUAAUCCUUGCUGUGAUGCGCAUAAGUGUAUGUUGACGCCAGGAUCCGCUUGCGCAGAAGGAGAAUGCUGUGAAUUUUGUCAGAUGAAAAAGGCGGGUUCCAUAUGUAGACCAAAGAAAGAUGAAUGUGAUUUUCCUGAAAUGUGUACUGGCCAUUAUUCUGGUUGUCCUAAGGACCGAUUCCAAGUAAAUGGAGUUCCUUGCAAUAAUGCAAAAGGCUACUGCUUCAUGGGAAAAUGUCCCACCAGAGAUGAUCAGUGUCUGGAAUUAUUUAGUGAUGGAGCAAAAGAUGGCCCUGACAGCUGUUAUGAGCUAAAUAAAAAAGGAAAUAUAUUUGGAUAUUGCAAAAACAAGGAAAGUGGAUUAAUUCCUUGUGAAGAAAAAAAUACCAAAUGCGGAAAGAUAUUUUGCACUGGAGGGAAACAUCCAUCUAGUCUUGGAGAAGAAAAGAUCUACCACCUUAAGAACUUUCGAAAACAAAAUACCACCACUGAAUGCAGAACCUUCUUUCUAUACCACAAUUCUAGAGAUUUAGGCUUAGUUGAUCCAGGAACAAAGUGUGGAGAUGAAAUGGUAUGCAGCAAUGGCGAAUGUGUGAACAUGGAAAAGUUCUACAAUUUUGUCAAUUGCUCUUCUCAGUGCAAAGAUAAUGCUGAGAAUGACAACACACCAGAGUGCCAAUGUGAGGAAGAACAGGCAUCUUGGGAAGAAACUUUCAAUGUUGCCAAUACCUCUAUUUUGAUCAUUGUUCUUUUCCUGGUUUUAAUUGGUGUUGGGGGUACUGCAUUUUUAAUUCGUCACCAAAAAUUGAAGCAAGUUCAGAGCCCACCUAGAGAAACACUGGGAGUGGAGAAUAAAGGAUAUUUUGGUGAUGAGCCACAGGUAAGAAGUGAGCCAAUCUUCCUGGAUAUCCAUCAUCUCCAAAAACCUGGAAGUAAAGAUCCAAGUGCAGUGGCAGAUCCCAAUCAAAGUGACAGAAUGUUUGGUGUCUCUGAAGAGGUUAUGGUGAUGGUAGCAUUGGGCUGUUGGUGUGGAAGCAGUAGCGGGGUGUGGGUGCAGCAGCCAGGGGUUAAGGGGCAGGGGCUAGACACACCUCCUACCAAAGGCGUGCUUCCAACUUUUCCUGACCUUAAAAAUCAUCCUUGUGUUCUCAUAACGUUUUGA